AUGAAACGCAUUAAGGUUCUGAAAGAUGCGGCGUCUGGGCUCAAUAAGACGCUAUACGAGAGACUCGUCUGCCCACUUUCUAGGCAACCCUUGAGGUACUGUGAGGAAACAAAUUGUUUGAUCAGUGAUGCGGUUGGUGUUUCCUUCCCUAUAAAGGAUGGGAUUCCUUGCUUAGUACCAGCAGAUGGCAAGAUCCUUGAUACGGAUGCAAUAAAGCCUGAAGAGGGUGGGGAGUCAUCAGGGAAGAGGCAAGCAAAUUGAGGAGGUCGGAGGGGGUGAAUAGAUCAAUGGUGGAUGUUAAGGUAUGGUCACCAUUUGAGUUUGAAGUUCUCGGCUUCUUAGCAUUGUUUCUUUUCAGUACUGUAUGAACUGGCUUGUUCUUCCAUAUGUGAGGAAAUGCCAGAGGGAAGCAUGAUUGAGUCUUUCAAAUGAAUCUGUGUUUAUUAUUUUUCAGAGGAAUCCGGUAGGGUAUGAGAGGUUCCUUUAAAACUUUCCAUGUGGAAAAUAUUGUAUUGACUAUUGAAAUUUACCAUAUAGUUUGAUUUGAACUGAAUAAAUUCAAACAAUUGCGAAUUGCAGAUGUAAC